AUGCGUUCUACUCUGUUUAUCUGCUUGGUUGCAAGCCUCUCAUGGGUUGCUAGCGCUGAGCCAGGCUCUCCUUCGAAGAACGUCUGCAACAGUCGCCCCUACUCCGACUACACUUGUCUUGCACACUAUGCCCCUGCUGUCAACUACUGCAAACAGAAGUACCCUUCCAAGGUCGUCUGCCAGACGAUCAAGACGGUCAAGACUGUGACCUCGACUAAGCCCGCUCAAUGCGGCCCAACGCCAGCGAAGUACUACGCGAGGGAUGCCAACGCCGACGCCGAUGCCGAGCUUGAGAGCCGCGACAAUGGUGAUGCAUGGAAGUGGAAUCAGCUCAAGAAGAAAAGCCAGAACGAGCUGCAGACUUUCUGCCGCUGCAUCGGAUAUCCACGGACGAGGUAUACUGUCGAGACCCACUGCAAGAAGGACCCCCACGACGACAUCGAGCAAGAGCACAACCUCAAGUGGGCGAUCGACUACCUCGAAGACCACUACGACAAGCCUGUCAUCCACCUUCUCCUCCACCACCACCACUAA